AUGACUUCGACCCCGUUGGGCACCAAGUCCCCUCCCGACAUCAGAACUUUGUCUCUCCAAAGUCCAAUUGAUGUCGCUGAGUACCUCUUCAUCAGACUCCACCAGAUGGGCGUGAGGAGUGUCCAUGGACUCCCCGGAGACUACAACUUGGUCGCUCUGGAUUACCUCCCCAAGACGGGCUUGAAAUGGGUUGGCAAUUGCAAUGAACUCAAUGCUGGCUACGCUGCUGAUGGAUAUGCUCGAAUCAAGGGCAUCUCAGCAAUAGUGACCACCUUCGGGGUUGGUGAACUAUCCGCAAUAAACGCUAUUGCUGGAGCUUAUUCGGAGCAUGUACCGAUCGUUCAUAUCGUUGGUUUGCCUUCCACCCUCUCUCAACGGGACGGGAUGCUACUACACCAUACGCUGGGCAACGGAAACUUCAAUGUUUUCUUCGACAUGAACAAGGACAUUUCUUGUGCAAUGGCCAAACUCAACGACCCACAGGAGGCCGCUACUCUCAUUGAUCACACACUCCAACAAUGCUGGUUGCAAAGUCGACCAGUUUACAUUACGCUGCCCACAGAUAUCGUCCAAAAGAAGAUCGAGGGAGAGCGACUCAAGACACCAAUUGACCUCCACUAUCCCACGAACGACACAGCAAUGGAAGACUACGUUGUCGAAGUCGUACUGAAGUACCUCCUGACGGCCAAAAACCCAAUCAUCCUGGUUGACGCUUGCGCAGUCCGCCACAGAGUCCUCGAGGAAGUCCACGAUCUGGUCGAGAAGACGGGCCUUCCUGUUUUCGUUACUCCAAUGGGUAAAGGAGCCGUCAACGAGACUCAUCCCAGUUACGGUGGCGUCUAUGCUGGUGACGGAAGUCAACCUGCAGUCCAAGAACGGGUCGAAGCCUCGGAUCUGAUUCUAACAAUUGGCGCCAUCAAGAGUGAUUUCAACACCGCAGGCUUCACAUACAAGACCUCGCAACUCAACACGAUUGACUUCCAUAGCAAUCUUAUUCAGGUGCGGUAUUCGCAAUACCCUGGGGUGCAUAUGCGAGGCGUUCUCCGCAAGAUCAUCAAUACAAUCGACGUUGGCAAGCUCUCUGCUGUCGCCGGGCCAAACGUGAUCAACAAGGUCGCUGAGAACACGGAUAAGUCUGACACGAUCACCCAAGCAUGGUUCUGGCCACGACUCGGUCAGUUCCUAAAGGAAGACGAUAUCGUAGUGACGGAGACUGGAACCGCCAACUUUGGGAUCUGGGAGACCAAGUUCCCCCAGGGCGUCAGUGCCAUCAGUCAAGUCCUCUGGGGCAGCAUUGGUUACUCUGUAGGUGCAUGCCAAGGAAGCGCGCUUGCUGCCCGGGAUGCCGGCGAGGACCGGAGAACGCUUCUCUUCGUAGGCGACGGAUCGUUCCAACUGACUGUUCAAGAAGUCAGCACCAUGAUCCGUCUCGGCUUGAAGCCCAUCAUCUUUGUAAUCUGUAAUGACGGCUACACAAUCGAACGCUUCAUCCACGGCUGGGACGCCGAUUACAACGACAUCCAGCCCUGGUCCUACAAAGAUGUCGUGAAAGUCUUCGGUGCCCCCGAAGGCAAAGCCCGCACCUACCAGGUCAAGACCAAAGACGAAGUCGAGGCCUUGUUCACGGACGAGAAAUUCAAUUCAGCCGAUGUGCUGCAAUUCGUGGAGCUUUAUAUUCCGAAGGACGAUGCCCCGAGGGGAUUGAAGCUGACGGCUGAGGCGGCGGCGAAGAAUAAUGCUAGGCUGGCAUAA